AAUCGUUUCAUCUCUGAUCCAUCGUCACUCAUUAGUCAUUAUUAACUGAUUUAGUUUUUACCACAGAAUACAGAUUAGAUAAAACACUAAUAAUUAAUAAAUACAUUUAGAAAAACUUUUAUCAUCUGUGUUUCUACUAAAUAAUAAAUUAAUUAAAAAUUUACAAUCGACAUUCUGGUUUUCUUCAUGUUGGUCAUAUUAUUUGGGAUUUUAGACGCAUUUGUGUUGUAUUAAUUAUAGAGAAUACUUUCGCUUUAACCUGUAGGUUAAAUGUGAUGAACAAAUCAAAAAAAAUAAUGAGUUCCGACAGUAAAAAUGUUAUUUUAUUGACAUUGAAGUGUGAAAAAACUGGAAAAUGUUACAACUUGUUGAGCAAAAAAAAACAUGUCGUGGCUAGAUGGGGAUUUGAUGGUGAUUUAGAAAUAGCUAACGACUUGUCGGUCAGUCGUCGUCAUGCUGAAAUAACUCUUUUAAAAAAAUCUAUAAAUGGAAAUAAUAAUCUCUGUGUUGAAGUCAUUGAUCUGAACUCAAAAUUCGGAACAUUUAUCAAUGAAGACAUUGAUCGUAAUAUCCCUGUUGAUAGUGGAAAACCUGUAAUAUUGAAUUUAAACGAUAGAAUUCGUUUCGGAAGAAUGAAGAGCAUUUGGACGGUUGCAAAGUAUCAAAUCAUAACAUGUCCUUCGACGUUAAAUAGAGCUGACAAAGAAACCUUGAAGGACUUGGUUACCAAAUUGGGUGGUCAGAUAUCUACAGAGUGGUCUGAAAAUUGUACUCAUCUCUGUAUGAAUUCUAUUUCAAUUACUGAAAAAGCAUUAUUGUGUUUGGCAUCAGCAAAACCAAUAGUAAACCUUCAAUAUUACAUCGAUCUCUUAAGAGCACUAUUACCUAUUAGUUCUUCACUGAACUUACCGUUUUGUGCGAGUUAUAUACCUCCUUUGAAAGAAGUUCUUUUAAAUAUUCAGACAUCUGCAUUCGGCGUGAACAAUAAACGCACAAGAUUAUUCUCAGGACGUACAUUUGUAUGUUCAACUAAAGAACAGUUGAUUCGCAUUGAAGAAAAGGUUAAAGCAUCAGGUGGAAAAGUAAUGCAUUUCUUAGACAUCGAUAUGAACACGGAAGAAAUUGUAAAGUCAGUUUUUCAUAUUAUGAUGCAACAAGAUCCAUUCAACAAGAAUGAUAUUAAUAGAUAUUUACCCAUUUUAGAAAAGUUGAAGGAUUUAAAUAAGAGACCUAUUCCAGAAAAUGAUAUCAGCUUAGGUAUCAUUAAUGUGAGCAUAAGUAAACAUUGUAAUCCUGAAUAUGACUUUGCUUUGGUUAAUAUUCCAUCUCAACCGGUUGAAUCCGAAACACCUGUAAUUUUAGCUCCAGAUACUGAGAUACCUUCUUACAAUGAAAGCAUGACAUAUUCAGUUAAUAUUGUACCAGAUUCACAGGCAUCUUUACAAUCAUUUAAAAGACCCCGUGAAGAAAUAUCAGAUUCUGAAGAUAUUGGUUUGCAAAAAAAAAAAGCUUUUAUAAAAACAGAAUUAAAAGAAGAAGACUUAAAGGAGAAAAUAAAUGAGGAACAAAUAAAAGAUAAAAUAACUAAUGACAACAUGAAAAUAGAAAUAGUAGAAGAUGGAUAUCAUUCAAUAUUUCGCUCAUCAAAUUGUACGCAAUUAAAAAUCGAAUCAGCAACUGUGGAUUCAUGUUUGACUACAGUACCGCCAACACAAGAGAAAACAGUUCCAUUCCUGACUUCGGUUAGCCAAGUACCUCCUCUCACUGCUAGCACUGAUGUUCAUAACAAUCAUCCCACAUCUAAUUUCAACAGUGGUACAAAAAGAAAGAUCCAAGAAACCAGGCCAAUUAAAAUUGAAGAUGAUGAUGACAAUGAUGAAGAAUUAUUUGAUUAUAAAGAUAUUGAUGAAAUAGAGAGGCCUACAAAAAAACCAAAAAAUAAUAAUUUGCCGUCGAUAUUUGGUACUCAAUCAUCAGAUCUCAGUAUUAAAUAUAAAUCUAAUGUAUCUAAUGAAAGAGAUAAUAGAAAUAUGGCAAUAGAUCCUAACUAUAUUAUGAAUUUACUCGCCGACGCAAAAGACACAGCACAAUUUAUCGAUACCAGUAUUUUAAGUAACAUAUCUAAUAACGAUGUGUGGGACCAGCUGGAGAAUAAAGAAUUGUUAAAUUCCGUCAUUAUUGAAACCAAAAGUAUGGUUAUAACUAAAUCGUCAGCAAAAUCAAAUAACAGUAAUCGUUCAGAAAAUUUUAGCUCUCUACCAAACUUUAAAAAGUUCAAAAAGAAAGGGCCAUUAAUGCGAAUUCCUCAUAUCGUUCCAUUAACUCUCAGCCAAUUCAGUCACGAAUAAUAAAUUCAAUCUUAAUAAAGAAUUUUUUAUUUAAAUAUGAUACAUAUUUUCUGUUAUGUUUUGUUAAGUAAAAGAAAUAUAAUGAU